CUGUAGUUUGCCCUUCCUCUUCCGGUCUCGGUGAAAACAGGUUCAAGAUGGUUCAACGCCUGACUUACCGUCGUAGGUUAUCCUACAACACCGCCUCCAACAAGACCAGACUGUCCCGGACUCCCGGUAACCGCAUCGUUUACUUGUACACCAAGAAAGUGGGCAAGGCUCCCAAGUCGGCAUGCGGCAUCUGCCCAGGAAGACUACGCGGAAUCCGUGCAGUCAGACCCCAGGUCCUGAUGAGGCUCUCCAAGACUAAGAAGCACGUCAGCAGAGCCUAUGGAGGAUCUAUGUGCGCGAAGUGUGUGCGCGACAGGAUCAAGCGUGCCUUCCUGAUUGAGGAGCAGAAGAUCGUUGUCAAGGUGCUGAAGGCUCAGGCACAGAGCCAGAAAUCUAAGUAAAUGUGUAUUUGUACUGCGACAAUAAAAGACAUGGAAAUA